UCAAUAGGCUCAGGGCAAUUGUUGAUCUAUAUGUGGGGGUGCAGCCAUGAAUGCGAGGUACUAUACUAUCUAAAAUGAAUAACACUCUUGUGCACUGUGUGGAAUAGACUUUGUAGCCAAAGAGUAUAAUACUUAGUUCUUUGCUGUACAAUGCACCAUCAAACCUGAAAGCAUACUGCACGUAGCGUAUAUAUUUUGUCUCUGCGAUAUUGCGAGGCCAAGGAUUGUUGCCCCCUUGAUUGAAUUUAUCCUCCAAGAUGCCUGGCAAAGGAAAGAGAUGGAUACUGGUCAAACACUUCGAUGGUUUCCCGAAGGAAAGUGACAUGAGGCUAGAAGAGUUUGAUAUACCAGAGCUGAAAGAAGAAGAGGUUUUAUUGGAAGCUGAAUAUCUCUCUGUGGAUCCGUACAUGAGACCUUACAGCGUCAGUCUACAAACGGAAACUGUGAUGAUUGGACAACAAGUCGCAAAAGUCAUUGAAAGUCGUAAUGACAAUUUCCCGGUCGGGACCUGGACGCUUCCCAGUUCAGGAUGGACGACGCAUACUGUCAGUGAUGGAAAAGGACUCAUUAAGAUGCCACUCCCUGAGGGAGUGCCUAGAUCUUACGCCAUCGGGUCUAUCGGGAUGCCUGGCGUGACAGCUUACUUCGGUCUUCUGGAUAUCUGUACUCCCAAGGCGGGAGAGACUGUCCUGGUGAGUGCAGCUGCCGGUGCCGUCGGCAACGUUGUAGGACAGAUUGCUAAGAUGAAGGGAUGUCGAGUGAUCGGAUCUGCAGGAAGCGAAGAGAAGUUAGAGCACCUGAAGGAACUAGGCUUUGAUGAAGUCUUUAACUACAAGACAACACAGAACCUUGAUGCCAAGCUCAAAGAACUCGCUCCAGACGGUAUAGACGUCUACUUUGACAACGUUGGUGGUGAGUUUGCCACGACUGCUGUUCUCAACAUGAAAUUAUUUGGUCGCAUCGCAUGCUGUGGAGCCAUUUCAGGGUACAACCUGAAAGAACCUGAGAAACUAUCAUCUAUCUAUGUCCAGAUGGUGCUCAAACAGCUGAAGAUGGAAGGUUUCAUUAUUUACAGAUACCAACCACGCUGGGCCGAAGCCAUCGGUGCCCUGACAGAGUGGGUCAAAGAGGGUAAGAUCAAGGUUCGAGAGCACAAGACGGACGGGUUCGAGAACAUGUUCAAAGCCUUCACUGAACUCUUUACUGGCGCUAACACAGGAAAGGCUGUCGUCAAAGUCUAACUUAUCUCCCCCCCCCCCCCUUGAGAGUGGGUAGGGCAUUUAAUAUAGAAAGGGUAAACUUUUUUUCUCAACAAAUCACAACACCGAUGGUUGGAUUAUUAUCAUUUCUCUCUUGACGCAAUCUUCUCGAAAACAGUAUCCGAUUUGUUAAAAGUAGUUUGGUUUUCCAACUAACUACUUGUGUGUCCAUGAUGUUUUCUCUUCUCAUAGUUUCCAACUGAUAUGUAUGUAGAAGUCAACACUUUUCAUUUUCCUUCUUGGAAUGAUUCGAUUUUCACUAUUCGGUUUGGGUAAUCACACAGCAAGUUAGCUCAUGGGAAUCAACACUGACGCCACAUCGAUGGGUGCGUCAAGACGAAAUUUAUAGACCAAUCACUUUUCUCUAUAUUUGUAGAGCUUGGCAAAUGUCUCCGCCGGGAAUUAACAUAAUACACGAUGUUUAUAUAUAAAUAUGCACUGUUGGUCAUAAUGGUGGAAUAAUUAUUUUUACCCCAAUUUAUGGAAUAAUUUUGACAAUGAUUUAUUCCUAA